GGGUUAAAACUGAAUCAGAGCCCAAACGCUUGUGUGGACAGGGAUCAUAGUCCUCUGGAGGUUACCCUUGAAGGAUUAUCUGCGCUCCUGCAGACGUUUGGUCCUGGAAACCAAAGUCAAAAUCCAGCACAUGUUUUCUGUCCACGGCAGCAUAAAGGUUGAACAUUAAUGAUUUUAUGACGCUGCACCCAAAGACGCAGUGAACACAAAGAGCAGAAAACACAGAGAAAACGUCUGAGUCGUGCUGGACCAUGAGGGCUGCUCAGAGUGACACGGCACUGGAGGCCAGACUGGGGGCGCUGCAGUGCCACUUCACCUGGGAUCUGGACCCCGGCAGGUCCAAACUUUUCACUAUCAGGGACAAGCUGCAGGACAUCGGCACAGAGGAAGGAUACAAGUGGCUGGGACACAUUUACAACCUGCAGGGGUUCGUCCACUUCCAGCUGGGCUCCACUGAAGAAGCCAGGAGUUUCUUCAGCAGAGCCGCGGAGGCCUUCAGGCAGAUUAGAAACAGUGUCUCCGAGGAGGGUCCCUGGCUGGUGGUGACCUACGGGAACCAGGCCUGGCUGCACCAUCACCAGGGAGAACUAGCAGAGAGUCGGGCUUGUCUGUCAAAGAUCGACGGCCUGAUGACUGAAGAUCCAUCGCAGGACGAGCUGCACCCGGAGAUCUGCGCUGAGAAAGCCUGGACUCUGAUGAAGUUCAGCAGAGAACAGAAGCUUCUGGCUGCUGAUUACUUCCAGAGAGCCAUCCGGAUGCAGCCGGAUGUGGUGGAGUGGCAGACCAGCCACGUGUUAGCGUUAGCAAACACCUUUAAACACUCCAACCUGAGGGCGGACAUCUGGGAGAAAAUGAAAAUCGCAAAGGAUCACGAUCCAGAGAACCUGUACCUCGCUGCUCUCUACCUUGAGGCAUGCGCCAAGAAAGGACAAAAAGUAAAAGAUGAAGCUCAUGCGUUGGCCCAGAGGGUUUUGAGAAAGCCUGUUAGCAGCUACAGUGGAAUCAAACCACUACUAAGGCUGUACUCAACCUACGUAUCUAUGGAUGAGGCUAUUGAUUUGGCCGAGGGGGCUCUGGAGAGGCAUCCAGACGAGCGCUACCUGAAAAGAUGUGCUGCAAUAUGUUACAAAAGGAAACUCAUUCUGGACAGGGACAGUCCCCUGGAGCACUGCAUGGUCGACCGAGCCAUUAGUCUCUACAGGGAGGUGAUUUCUCUUUACCCUGAUUCUUCACUCAAAAGAAGAAUAUCUCUUGCCACCAUAUACGCACAGUCAGAUCACAGCCAGGCGGCCGCUGAGCAGAUUUACGAGGAGCUGCUCGACAGUGACCUGGACCCUAAAGGGGCACAGAUCCUCUACAGCUGCUACGCAAAGCAUUUACAUUUCAUACAAAAGGAGAGCCACAGGUCGAUAGAGUACCACAUGAAGGCAGCAGCAAUACCACAUCAGUCUUUCUAUCGUGACAACAGCAUCAGUAUUCUCGAGCGGAUUAGAGACAGAAACAGAAACAGGAUGUGCACAGAAAUAGGGGAGUUUUUGGCAAACCUGAAAAUAUAACAGCCUUAAUAAAGAAGAGGGGAUGUUAAAUACAACAGUUUCUCAAGUUGUUCCUCUAACCAUUCUUCCCACUGUCCUCAACCAAAACAUUUUAUUUUGAUGAAACACCUAAUCCACUACAUCAGUGGUUCUCAACUGCGCUUGCUUCGGGACCCACCAUCACCCCUUAAUGACAAGCCUCGACCCAAAUCAAGGAACUUUUUCAACUUCUCAAAUUUAUUCAAUGAAAAGAUAGUAUAGAAUAUCACAGUAUGCCAACAGAAAAAAAGAGUUAAAUGAUGAACCAAAAUGACCAGCAGGUGGCGAUGCCAGAGAGGGAAAUAUUCCCUUUUACACUCAAUUAGCUGCAUUUUAAUUAAAAACCCAAAGGGGCAUAUUAAUGACACAAGGUCAUACAACAUACAUAACAAUUCAGUAACUUCAGCCUUUUCAGACUCAACAGUGCUUUCAUACACAAACAUGAAAUAAAAAAGUCUGAGAAGUAGUUUAAAAACGAGCCUGAGCUGAGAAUACUCACUCACUGAAUCCAUAACAAACAACUAAACUGAUCCUAGUCACACUUCUUAACAAUUACUGUUAAUGAGUGUGAACAGACGGCACCCCACUGGAUAACAAACCCUCUCCCAUUUAUUUUGCCCACCCACUGAAUAGGGGUUCGCAACCCACCAGUUGAGAAUCACUGCAGCACAUGGGAACAGUCGAUGAGACAAACUCAUCAAAUCAUUAAUAUCAGAGGAACUGACGGAAUAAAGUCAUUAGCAUGUACCAGCGGCAGAACAUUCUAACUUCUACUGUAAAAAUUAAAUAAAGCUGUUGUUCAAACAACGUGGUUUUUCUCCUGAUAACAGUAGAACAGUUUUGAUCGCCCUUUUGAUCUAAACUUACAGUUGUGUUUUAUGGUUUCAAGGUCCACUGAAGUGAAAUGAUUCAUUGGCCAAUCGAUUAGGUAUAAUCUGUGCACUUCUGAAAAUGCCAUAAAGAUGCUGGUUUCCACUGCAUUACAAUAGUCAACAGCAGACCCACUAAAGAAGCAGGAAUUGGGAUCUGUCAGUCACACAACUUGUUUUCAGUUUCUUGCCAAAUGUGAGUGUUCAGGGUUAACUGCACAUCUCACCAGGCCUAUUGUGUUUCAAUAAUGACACCUCAGGGUUGGCUGUAGGCUGAUGAAAAUAUUAUGCAAAAACAAUGUGAAGUAUGUGCGUGGAAAGACACCACCUACCUCCCUGACAAAUAGAUAAAAGAGAAGUGAGUCAGUAGGUGUGGCGAUGCUGCUAAAGAACAUCAAUGACUACAAUAUUCUGAAUUUGUGCGUCGUGCUAGCUAGCGCUUCGACAGAGACGUUAAUAAAAGCUGCAUGUUUAUUACAUGACCCAGGUUGGUGACAGAGAGAGACUGUGCCAGCCUCCUUUCGGGUUUCCAGUUGACAGCCUGUUACUAACUGGGGAGUCUUAUUUUGAAAAUAGCAGCAGCAGCUAAAAGAAAACCAAACGUCUUGCCCUCACCUGGACUUGAACCCAGAACCACUGGUUCACUGUUCAAGUGAUCAUCUUUGAAUGUUGACCAGCAGCUGUGAAUGUUCGUAAGCAGUUCCACAGUCUGGCUGUGGGCGGAAACCUCAAACAACCUGCUCUUAUUCAUAAGCCGUAAAUCUUGUCUGUGAAAUGAAACACUGUGAGAAUCCAUCCCAAGACUUUGCCAAACAAACAGAAAGUUAAUAAAAGUGACCGUUAGAGCGAGUUAGAAGAGUGUGACUCUGAGCCCGACCUAAUUUAACAGCGGCCAAUUUUCACACCAAACACAAGUUAAACACCGGUGUCUGGUCACAUUAAUUAGAGCUGAGGACGUUAAUAGAACAGCAGCUUUGUUAAUUGACAUGUCUGUUUAACUACAACAUGUCAUUAUAUCUGAUGUGAGUCAAGUCAGCUUUACUGGAAACAGUUCAACCAGUUACAGUAAUGUAAAAACCAUAUUCAAAUUUGUCCUGCCACACUUUCAUACUCAACCAAAUAUGUUUAUCUAUAGAUGUUUCCUCUUUGUUUUGCAACUUUGUUAAUAAAAGUGCUAU